CUCCCGCUCUGCCGUUAUUCUAUAACUUCUAAAAAUGCCGUUGAGUGAAUUUCGUCACGAAGGCAGAAACCGCCGCUUGUGAGCUACGGUUGGAAAUGCACCCACAACAAAAUCUGGAAGAUCAAAGAGAAGAAAGGGGCGGAAGAGCGCCAUUGCUGCUCGGCGCCUGGGAAGGUAUUUAACGCUGGGGAGCCGGGAAUCCAAAGCUAGAGAGCAAGGCAAAGAAUCCACAAAGCGCUGUACCAUGGCUUUGUCCUGCCGAAGCUGGCUAUCCAACGAGGGCGGAAAACAUCUGUUUUUGCUUUUCUGGUUGUUGGUGAACGUGUUGCUGUUUUGGAAGACCUUUAGACUUUAUUACUACGGUACACAGUAUUAUUAUUUGCAUCGGAUGCUUGGGCUAGGAUUAUGCAUUAGUAGAGCUUCUGCUUCAGUCCUGAAUAUGAACUGCAGUCUUGUCCUGUUACCCAUGUGUCGCACUUUAUUGGCAUUUCUCCGAGGAUCAAAGAAGGUAAUGAGCAGGAAAGCACGAAGAUUAUUGGAUAAGAGUAAAACGUUUCACGUAACGUGUGGUUUUACGAUAUGUUUAUUUUCAGUAGUCCAUGUUGCAGCUCACAUGGUCAACGCCCUGAACUUUUCUUUGUGCUUCAGUGAAGACUUUCCAGCUCUCAAUGUCGCUCACUAUCGGGAUGAGGAUCCCAGGAGGUUUCUCUUCACGACACUUCCAGGAGUAACUGGAUUUUUCAUGGUCCUGGUGCUGUUCUUAAUGUGUACAUCUUCAUCAUAUUCUUUAAGGUUUUCCAAUUUUGAUGUCUUUUGGUAUACACAUAACCUCUUCAUAGUAUUCUACAUUUUACUUUUGCUUCAUGUGACUGGAGGCAUGCUGAAAUAUCAGGCGAAUUUGGAUCAACACCUGCCUGGCUGCAUUAACCCGAAUAAAACAUCAAACGAUCAUUUCCCCACGUCAGAAUGUCCUGCAGAGCCAUUUCUAGAAGUCUAUACUGAGUCAGAAUCUGGGAUGGAGAACAACUCCAAGAAGAUCUGCAAUGAAGCCCCAAAAUUUCAGUCUAAUUUACAAGAGACAUGGUUUUGGGUCACUGGGCCUCUCUGUCUUUAUUGUGCAGAAAGGCUGUAUAGAUAUAUUCGGAGCAACAAACCAGUCACCAUUGUGUCUGUGAAUUCUCAUCCUUGUGAUGUAAUAGAAUUACGAAUGGUGAAAGAAAACUUCAGAGCAAGACCUGGUCAGUACAUUGUUCUGCACUGUCCAAGCGUAUCAACAUUUGAGAGUCAUCCCUUUACCCUCACAACAAGCCCUACAGAAAAUAGAGGAACGUUUGGAAUUCAUAUCCGUGUUCUAGGAGAUUGGACAGAAAGGUUUAGGGAAUUGCUGCUACUUGAUCCAAAUUUGGAUACAGAGAUCCUGCCUAUACUGCAGCAGAGAACUUACCCAAAGUUAUAUAUAGAUGGUCCAUUUGGGAGUCCAUCAGAGGAAGUCUUCAACUAUGAGGUUAGCCUUUGUGUGGCCGGUGGUAUUGGAGUGACCCCUUUUGCUUCAGUACUAAACACACUAUUAAAUGAUUGGAAACAGUAUAAGCUCAGACGACUUUACUUCAUUUGGAUUUGCAAGGAAAUUCAAUCUUUUUUCUGGUUUGCAGAUCUGCUUUGCAUUUUACAUGACAAGCUUUGGCAGGAGAACCGACCAGAUUAUUUGAACAUUCAGUUGUAUCUCAGUCAAGCAAAUGGAAUACAGCAUUUACGUGGGGAAAAAUAUCAAGCUCUGAAUUCAAGGCUUAUUAUUGGAAAACCCCGUUUGAAACUUCUGUUUGGAGAAAUAGCCAAGUGCAAUAGACAAAAAUGUGUUGGCGUUUUUUGCUGUGGGCCUAACAAGCUCUCCAAGGAACUGCACAAACUCAGCAACAAAAUCUGUUCACAUGGAACACAAUUUGAGUACAAUAAAGAAUCUUUCUCCUGAAGAUCAAUAAGGAACAAAAAAAAUCAGACAUGAAAGCUUGAAGUGCAAUUAUUUGCUGAUAUGAUAAUCAGCAGGAUGCGCCUUAUACAAUCUCUAAUCACCAAAGAGUGAACAUAUUGAAUCAAUGCUAAUUCAAUAGUCGGUGUGGCAGAGGUACCAGUUUAUGUAUCGGGUUUGUCAAAGUCAGUUCAUCAACUGGUAUUUUUCUAAUAUCAGUGGUUGUAUACCAGGUAUUUUAUUUCUAUUAGAACAAUUUUAUGUAAGGUUUGAAGUGUUGUUGCCAUUUUCAUAAAUCUAUUUCUUAUAAAAGAAAUGUAUCUGCAGAACUCAAUUUUGACAUAUGGUGAUGGGAAAAUUGGUUGUUCUAUUCUGAAAUGUCGAAACAGUCCAGGCUUCUGUGUAUCAAUUACUUCCCCAUACUACCUUAAUUAGUGUAGUUUUCUGUAACUGGCUGAGAAGCAAAGUGCCUUUUCAUCAUUUAUAUUUCCGAGAACUGGAUAUUAAAGCAUAUUUAUUAUAUUAAUAGGGUGGCUGGGAAGGAAAGAUUUUUUUUCUGAAUAACUAAGACAUAACCACGAUAAUACACUUGUAAAUGUGAUGCUGAUGAACUGUCACUGGAUUUUAAACAUUAAUGCUGCUUUCUCCCCACAGAUGUUGCCUUGGUUUUAUUUCAGAUCUCCAGCAUCUGACAUUUUUUUUAGUAUAAUGCAAAUUUGAUUUGUUACAAUCAGACUG